CUACACAUACAAGUGCAUUUACAUUCUCAACAACACGUGCAUGCUCACCCGCUCCAACAGCACCGACGUGGGGAGCGCUUGGCAGAAGUUCCGCGAGUUAAGAGAUAUCUUGGUUUGUCUGGCGCGCGCGCAUCGAGGAGAGGAAAUUCAUUGUCGGUGCCUUUGACAGCGAGCUCAACCUGAAGGUGUUGGGAGCGAUCACGUCUCUCUUGUUGCACCGCCCAGGCCCAACGAUGGUUGACACCUCCGCCGUGGUGUUGGAGAGUGUUGUCGUAGAAGAACCUCCCGUCGUCCUGGAGAGUCUAAAAGGAGCCACCGUCGGGGAUGGUGCAGGUGCAGGCGAUGCCGCUACUCCUGGCGUUGAUGAGGUGGGGCCUGGUGCUGAGGAGCCGGAGCAGAAUGUCCGGCCGUUUUCUCCCCAAAUGAAGUCCCCUCACAUAAGCACGCUCUACGAGAAGCAGGACGUGAUGGUGAAGCAUUUCGGGGUGACACAGAAGCAGGCGCUGCGCACACAGGCGCUGCUGAGGCUCGGAGUUACUGAUGAGGACGUCCGGAUUGCCGAGCGAUUAAUGGGGUCACGUUCAGACGGGGCCGACAAUACACCCUCCAAGGAAGAAUGGCUACUGGGAGUGACAUAUGCACAGAUGAGCUUUCACAAGGCGCUGCAGGUGUUGGGGAUAUCCGAAGCUGUGGUGGAGGAGGAGAGGUCACGGCGACUCGGCGAGCUCGGGUCUGGCGGGAGCGGAGGGGGGGCGUCGGAAUGUGGCGCUGGUCGAGAGGCGGAGGACACGUGCGGUAGGUUCUUCAUCAAGAAGCGGCGGUCAUCGAUCGAAGAACUGGGAACCACACUACCCGGGGAGGUAGCCUUUGCAAAUUCGCGAGUGUUGCAGCUGGAGGAAGUCUGCCACACGCAAAUGACGCGUAUCCAGGAGCUUGAGUCUCAGCUCGCUGUACUUUCCGCGAGGUCGUCCACAUCGGAUUCGUGAAAUGGGUCCAGUUUGUACACUUUUCGCCCCGCGGCCAAUGACGAUGGGCGUUCAGGAGGGCAGUCAGAACGCGAGCGUUUCGACGAUGUCAUUGGCUUCUUGUGAGGGGUCCCGUCGCGAGGCGAGAAGUCCUCGAUCGAUAAUCCACAAUUCGCACACGGAUUGAUGCAAGCCAAGUGUUCUCGGCGGCGGGGGGGUAUAAUUUUUUUCUCUUUUCCCUCUCAUGUAAACACAACCGUGAGAUUCUCACGUUCGCGUACAACCAGGUUGGCCGUCAAUCUUUUGCUCCUAUACCUUACAAAGUGUAUUACCCCGUGUAUUUUGGGCUGGGGGUAAAUGGAAAACGUACCCACAUUUAUAUUUGUUCGCAAAAGGUACGGGAGGUUUGUAUUGAACUGUUUUGUUUGGGUUUUCUGUUCGUUUUGACCAAUUGCACGCACAUCAUCUACGGCCGGCUCAGUUGAUAGUGUGGGCUGCAGGAGGGAAGGUGUGCGGUGUGUGAUUGGGUUGUAUUUUGGUCUGCGGGCGACCACGCCCGUGCCGUUAACGCCUGCGAUAGUUUUGUCCUGUAUGUGGCCUCGUGGGGCUGUCUUGUGGUGAUGCGUUAGUUGGUGUUCUUUCCUCCUUCGUGAGCGCCCUCGGUGCUGUAUUGUAAGACAUAAUUUUGGUCUUUAAGGUUAAGGCUGUGAGGUUAAAAUCCCAGCUUCCUAUUAUGAAUUGUGGUACGUAGAGUAGAGGUUGACAACCUUACGACUGUGUUCGUUGGUAGCAGUUUUAAGUUCGGGGGAUAACGGGGGGUACGGGGAAGCUCUUGUAUUCGUUUAGUGUGGAAUGCGAUGUACGCACUCACAACCCUUACUCUUUUCGUGGGACCAGCCGUUUGAAUGUCAGCUUAGCAUGCUUGCAGUUUUAUUUGGUCCACUUCGCGAAGGGUACUACUAUUCCUAGAGACUAAAAGUACGCAAGGAUAAGAAAAUCUUACUGCAGUGGGCAUGGUGCCUGAUUGAGAAGUCAUAGGUUGUGCGACGGUGCGCCCGACAACACCGUAACACCAUGCCAAGCCUACAUGUACAAAUGAUAGCUUUCACAAACACUUGCGUGCUU